AUGGCAGUUGUAGUGAAAAAUGGAUCAAAUGGAGUAACCAAUGGAGUUGCAACACUCAAAAAAACCCAACAAGCUAGAGGUUUCAUGGAAAAUGGAAACGAGAGUGAAAAGAGCGUGAGCAGCUCUGCCGCACCUGCUGCUCCUCAAUUUGAGCUCAAAAAUCGCGGACAAAUGAGUCUUUUUUUCAGGGACUACUAUGUACCUUUCCUACUUGAUCUCAGAACGAAAAUAGGUGUAUUCUUGAUAUUUAUACUUUAUUUGAUGAUCUCAAUAUAUGGUAUUAGUGUGAUGGAACAAGGUUUAGACUAUGACAAGCUUCUUCUACAAACGGACCCAUUAGUCGAAGCUUUCGCUAGGGAAAUUGAGUUGUUUCCGAACGGCGAUCAGGUCGAAAUUGCCAUAAGGAAAGCUCCAGACAUGACAAUUCCGGAAAAUCGGCAGUUGAUUGAACUGAUUGGCCAGCAGUUCGAACAGAUCUCUUACAGCAGUGGCGCGAAAAGCACUUCAUUGUGGCUUCGAGAAUACAUCAAGUACGCAAACCUCACUGGCUCCUUC